AGUACAGAAUGGAGACCGAAACAGCUGAGAUGAUAGUUAAAAGGGUCAGUGUACCUAUUGGGCUGGAAGAACUAAUGGAAGGGCUAACAAAGGAAGUACUGCUCAAUAAGCCUGACGACUUGUAUGAGUUUGCUGCAAGAUAUUUUUCCAAGCUUUUGCUUUUGAGGGAUAAAGCAAACUACAAAGAAGCGCACAAACAAUCACGGAACCAAAUCGAAGACCAGUCAGAGCACCACACGGUACAGUUGCUAGGACGUUGUCCCGACAAUUCAGCAUGA